CAUUUGUUCCGUAGUCAGGUCAUUUGCUUCUGGUUUCACAAGGCCAACCGUUCAGAGUGAAUAGCCGCUUCUACUUGGCUAGCCUUUACAAUGAGUUCUUCACAUCGCUGAGUGCCUCAGAACAAUGCGCAGUUCACGUCGCUGUUUCUUGGGCCUUGGGAUUCAGGACUACGUCUUCAGACCUUUGAGAAAUGCAGCAGCAGAUGCAGCGUCGAUGCAGACAGCUUUCAAAGACUUGGGGUAUGAAACUCAACUCUUCUGUCAUUUGAAGAACAGAAAAGAGUUGGACAAGAAACUGGACCGUUUUGAGAGAUGUGUGACGACGGACACCAAAAUCAUUGUUGUCUACCUCGGAGGCCACGGCUCUACAACAGCAGGUGGGAAAGUGAGGUUCUGCCUGCAAGACGCGGCGUCAGCAAAUGACUUGACGGAUGAGCACUCAAUCGCUGUGGAAGACUUCCUGAAGCAGCUCCUACGGUUUGAGAGCCGUGCUGAUUCCUUUGUAUUGAUGAUCUGUGACUUCUGCCGCAGCAAUAUCCAAGAAGCGGACCAACAAGCCACUGAAGUCAUUCUACCCACAUGGAUGCAGCGGCGCUAUGCGACGUGGUGGUCUACCGGAGCAAAUGACUUUGCACAUGACGGCGAGGAGGGAGCUGGCCGAGGUCCCUUUGUCACCAGCCUCAUCGAACAUCUGACAGCAGAGAUCAAUAUCACAAUUGACUCGUUGAGAGAUAGGGUACGUCACGAUGUAUCUUUGAGGACCAAGAAUUUUCAGGAGCCUCGCAUGUACUGUUCCAGUCUAGACGGAUUGACUGACAUGUUUGCCCGUGAAGGCCACAACACUGACAGCACCAUCACCCCUGGCACUGACCUUGAGUGCGGAUCCUCUCGAUUGACACUUCUGACCUCGUCUGGUGGAGAGACUUCCCUGAGGCGGUGCUCACCCUCAACCCGUCAGUGGUGCAUUCUUCUUCUCGUAGUUUUGGUGAUUGGUGUCGCAAUCGGACUUGCAGUCCUACUCACGCAUCCAAGUGCCGUCCAGAACUGCAGAUUUGGCGAUUGGUAUGAUGCAGAUCCAUGUAGCCGACCAUGUGGAGGUGGAGAGCAAUGGCAGGCGAGGGAACAUUACGGAGCUUGCCCCCCUGAAUUGGCCAAGAAGGAAUGGCGCAAAAACAAGUGCAACCUUCUGGCCUGCCCAACAGACUGCUGCUUUGAUUGGACGUGUCCCUUCCAAGUUGAUUUGCUUUGCAACAGCACCAAUUGCCAUGCCUUCCUGAACAUGUCCCACUGCGAGUUUCCCUUGCCUGGAUCAAUCACGUUCAACAGCACGGUCUACGGCCGCCCUGUUCGAUGGAAGGAUUGGCACCUGCGCAAGUCGUGGGUUACCUUGCUUGACCAACAUUCGCAAUGGGAAUUUACCAAUCCUCUAAAUGACUCGAGUCAGGUGCCGACGCGGCAGGCCGUUUGCGAAUGCUUGCAGGAAUUCUCACAGACCAUUCUUAGAAAGACCUUUGAUACCUCGUGUCUUGAUUUGCACCUCCAAUAGCUUUUGCACUAAACACUUUGCUCACUCGGGGCAGCACCCACAAAUUCGGUGCACACGCAGGCAUCUCCGAUCCACACUGUUGUGAUGCUACAUGAC